AAAAGCCUCUUAAAGUAUAUCAUUUUGCUUCUUUUCUCAUUAGAAAAGAGCCUCAAAUCAAACCAUGUCAGUACCACUUCCUGCUUCUGUUCCAAAACCAAUCUCAGAAUUUGCUGUGAAGAAAACUUGCUUUCAGUUCCAGCGAAGAAGAUUAGUAUUCUAUGGUUUGAUUGGUGCUGGGAUGGGUUUAUCGGCAUCUUCUGAUGAAGCUAGUGCGGCUAAGAGGCGGCCGCCGCCGCCGCCGCCGACUGAGAAGAAAGAUCUGAAUGUGAGUGGUGUGCAGGCUAAGGUUCUUGCUAGCAAGAAGAGGAAGGAGGAAUUUAAGGAGGAAAUUGCUAGGCUAAGAGAGAGGGGGAAGACAAACUAGUUGAAGCUUUUUUUUUUCUCUGAAAUGUGGUA